AUGCGGGGGAUCGCGAUGUAUGCGACGAAUGUUGAUGAUCCUUACGUGACUUUACAUGUUGACAGCGACGAGGAGGAAAAGGAAGAAAUUGAAGUCAAACCCGAAGACAAUAUGGCUGUGCUUGCUAAAAUUGAUAGG